GAAGCCGCCCGGCGCUGGGGAAGGAAUGCGGCGCUCGCGGCCGCACCCCCCGGCUCACGGGGGCGGGGCGGGAAGGAAGGAGAAAGUACUGGACGGAGCGGAGUACGGGCGCUGGGCGAGGUGGUAGCGUGCUGCGCCGGGUUACGUGAGGGCAGAGGAGGGAAGACAGACACUCGGUGGAAAAAGCGUGCUCGGUGCUUCUCACCGGAGCGCCUUCGGAAAGGUUUCGGUCCCCCACCCCUUCAUAGUAAAGUGGUACUGCCCUUCCCUACAAAUUUUGCAGGCUGAGCAUAACUCUGGGUUGCGCGUUGGCGAGUUGGGGUGUGUGGUGGCGAAUGUCCCUGUGUCCCAGGAAAAAGUUUGUCCGCAGAAGAGUAACGAUACUGACUUGUUUCAAGUGACCGAAAACAGUCUCUGUCCGUCCCCGGGCGCGAUGUCCCAGGCGCUAGCGAAAGAGGUCCCGCAGGAGGAGGGCGAGAGGGGCUCUCGGAGAAGCAGCUGGGGGCUGCUGGUCACGGCCGGUGUGGGAGGGACCUUGGUGGCCCUCUAUGCUGUGGCCACCCCCUUCGUGACCCCGGCCCUGAGGAAGGUGUGCCUGCCCUUCGUUCCUGCAACCGCCUCUCAGAUCCAGAAUGUGCUGAAAAUGUUGGAAAACAGAAAUGGCUCCCUAGUUGACAUUGGUAGCGGAGAUGGCCGCGUUGUGAUAGCAGCUGCAAAAAAGGGAUUCCAGGCUGUCGGUUAUGAAUUGAAUCCCUGGCUAGUCUGGUACUCCAGAUAUCGUGCCUGGAGAGAUGGGGUACAUCAGAACACCAAAUUUUAUAUUUCAGAUUUAUGGAAGGUUUCUUUUUCCCAUUAUAGAAAUGUUGUUGUUUUUGGAGUACCUCAAAUGAUGCCACAGCUGGAGAAGAAGCUGGAAGAAGAACUUGAAUGCCAUGCCAGAGUCAUUGCCUGUCGCUUCCCUUUCCCUUGCUGGAUUCCGGAUCAUACUGCUGGAGAGGGAAUAGACACUAAAUUUUUGUCUUUGACUGGACCUGUUGAAGAUAAGAUUAAUGUGGAGAGAGUCCUGGCAUAUGAAGAUGUGUAUUCACUAUAAAAACUGAAGUACAGUGGUUGUCUGAAAGCACACAAAGGUUACUGAAAAGGUGUAGUUAAAUGACUUAAUACAGUGUCCUGGUUUAACCCCAUCUAGCAGUGAAGUACCACACAGAUGUUCACUCACCCAUACUCCCCCAGUAGCAUGGGAAAGAAAACUGAAAAAAAAGGUCAUACCCAUGACCAUGGAUUGAGAUAGGAAUAAUUUAAUAAUUGAAAUAAAUUUACUACUAAUAAUAACAACAAGAGAGGAGUAAAACCCAAGAAAGCUGAGUGAUGCACUGUACCCUUGCUCACCACCCACUGAUGGAUGCCCACUCCAUCCCAUAGCAGCAACUGGUCCCUCCUUGUCAACUCUCCAAUUUAUAUACUGGACAUGAUGUUCUAUGGUGUGGAAUGUCCCUUUGGCCACUUGAGCUCAGCUGUCCUGGCCAUGCUUCCUCCUGGCAUCUUGCAUACCUCCUUGUUGGCAGAGCAUGAGAAAUUGAAAAGGCUUGGAUUAAGUACUGUUCAGCAUCAAGUAAAACCAUCAGUGUGUUAUCAGCUUUAGUCUGUUCUAAAUCCAAAGCACAGUGCUGUACCAGCUAUCAAGAAGAAAAUUAACUCCCAGCUGAAAGCAGAAUAUGUAGUUAGUCAAAAUUACAAAAGUUUUUUAUAGAAGUGGAAAACUUCAAUAUGAAAAAGCAAAUUAGGCUGGUCUGUUGUGAUAGAUUGGCAUUUAAGAAAACAAAGAGAAACACCUUAGGAAGU